AUGAGGCGGAAUUCUGAUGCAGUAACCAAAAUGGUACUGAAUUGGAAACCAGAAGGAAAAARGYCACGGGGUYGUCCUCGGAAGAGAUGGUUGGAUGUUGUAGAAAAGGAUUUGGAAGAUCUUGGAGUGCAGGAUUGGAGGGAGAUUGUGCAGGAUCGUGAUAAGUGGAGUGAUUUGGUGAUGGCGGCGAAAACUCUUGUGCCCGGAACUGCAAUCGCCGAAUCAGAAAACAGUACAAUUAGUUGCGCCGAUGAGGGAGAAACUCCACUUGCAGACACGAUUCCAGCACCACGACUAAUGCUCGUGCCGUCCAAUAAAAAUGUGACUGAAAUCGUCGAAAUCUUUAAACCCAGCAUCAUGCAAUUAGUCCGAGACAACCGUUCGAUAAGAAUUUGGAUAACGUUAUCGAUACCGAAAAUUGAAGACGGAAACAGUUUCGGAGUAUCCGUCCAAAAAAACAUUCUUGAUUUGCUGCAGCAGGUCGAGUCGUCGGCUGUCAUGUAUUACAAUAAGGUGAAUAGCUACUACGAGAGUCGUGGAAGACUUGUCGCCAAGGUGGUGAAGUAUCCGUUUAUUGAAGACUGUCGGAUAGCCGUCGAAGAAUUGGACGAAAAACAAUACACAGAAAUAACCUUAUGCAUUUACGAAAUUUAUUUUUACUAUACUUUGUUGUGUGAUGUUAUCGUCAAGAAUUUUGAAUACAUAAAAAAUCCACAGUCCUCAAACUGCAGUGGCAGUAUGUAUUGA